GAUUGGGGGUUACUACAUCGUCAGGUGCGAGGUUAACUAUAAACCAUAUCGGACAGGGGGUCUAGUUUACAUUCACGCUCGGCGCGAGUACAGUUCACGCACACCGCAGCAGUGAUAACGAACUUGUUAGGACUACACAAUGAACGGAAACGUGAAUGGUGGAAGCGAACUGGACGUCACCAACCUUAAGUUACAGGAUGUCACAAAAGUUCAACAAACAGGUACUUUCAAGGUCAAAGCUGGACUUGCUCAGAUGGCAAAGGGAGGGAUUAUUAUGGACGUCACGACCGCGGCGGAAGCACGCAUCGCCGAGGAGGCGGGGGCGUGCGCUGUGAUGGCUUUAGAAAGAGUUCCAGCUGAUAUUCGCCGUCAAGGAGGAGUUGCCCGGAUGACAGAUCCCAAGUUAAUCAAAGAAAUCAUUGCUGCCGUAACUAUUCCUGUCAUGGCGAAGUCGAGGAUUGGUCAUUUUGCCGAGGCCCAGAUCCUGGAAUCUCUUGGAGUCGAUAUGAUCGACGAGUCUGAAGUACUCACCCCGGCAGAUGAAGUAAACCACAUCAACAAACACGACUUCAAAGUCCCGUUCGUGUGUGGAGCACGAGAUUUGGGCGAGGCUUUACGGAGAAUCUCAGAAGGUGCCGCCAUGAUAAGGACGAAAGGAGAAGCAGGGACAGGCGACGUUUCACAGGCCGUGAAACACGCACGAACAAUCAGCAAACAGAUUAAAAUGGCCCAGGCCAUGGACUCAACUGAAAUCUACAACUACGCAAAAGAACUCCGCGUUCCGGUGGAGCUGCUGAAAAAAACGGCGGAAUUAGGCAGACUUCCUGUAGUCAAUUUCGCGGCUGGUGGACUAGCGACCCCUGCCGACGUCUCACUUAUGAUGCAGCUUGGUGUUGAUGGAGUCUUUGUGGGGUCCGGAAUCUUUAAGAGCAGUAACCCGCCGGUCCGCGCUCUAGCCAUGGCGCAGGCUGUCACGCAUUACAAGGAACCUGCCACCUUGGCGCAAAUCAGCUCUGGACUGGGAGAAGCCAUGUUCGGGACACCAGCGGCAGACAUAGAACUGAAGAAAAAAUUGGCGGGAAUUCCAUCGGAAAAACAGGAGAUCUGGAAUUCCACUUUGGGUGUGAAAUAAGAAUUUUUGAUGAAAUUGUGUAUCCAUAGCAUCGAAGUUGUAGAGAUUUAUCUGGAAACAUCACAGUUACAUGUAUUUGAUUUUGAUAUGACAGUAUGGAAAUUCUGUUUGACUGUAUGACUAGUACUGUUCUGUUUGUCUGUAUGACUGCUCUGUUUGUCUGUUUGACUGUUUGUAUGAAGGCACCGUCCCUUCCUGUAAAGUAGUGUCAGUCUGUGUGAACCUUCUGUCUAUAAUGCUUGAUCGUAAUGUUCUCAGAGAAUUUACGUAUUUUGCAAGCGUCAUGAAUGUCCGUCAAUAGAUACUAUUGUUUUUGCAGUUUGGUAGGUCGAUAUAGAAUCAAACAUAAGUUUUCCUUUUCAUUAGAAAGUUUUGUGAUACUUUAAGUUCAUUAGACCCAAAUACAUGUAUGUGUGAGUUCAUACAAGGUACAGUGCACUUGAGUUUCCUAUGCCAGUGGCUGUAAAUUAAACAACAUGCAUUUUUCUUCAUUUUCAUCGUAUAGAUGCUAUUCUAAUAAUCUUUAUUAAUAAAUCAAUUGAAAAGUGGAAA